CCGCUUUCCAUGUCCGACGCACCGACUCUGAGUAUCACCAUGUUAGGUGCGGGCCAGGAAGUCGGUCGCUCCUGUUGUGUUCUACAGUACAGAGGGAAGACUAUUGUCUGUGACGCCGGCGUGCAUCCCGCACACGGUGGAAUGGCCUCGCUUCCUUUCAUUGACGAACUCGACUGGAGUACGGUAGACGCAUUGCUCAUUACCCAUUUUCACCUCGAUCAUGCUGCUGCCCUCACGUAUAUCACCGAGAAGACCAACUUUCGGGAAGGCAAAGGCAAAGUGUACAUGACCCAUCCGACAAAGGUCCUUCACAAGUUCAUGAUGCAGGACUUUGUGCGAAUGAGCUCCACCUCCUCCGAUGCCCUAUUUACUCCGAUGGACAUGGCAAUGUCUCUAUCUUUCAUCACCCCCGUCUCCGUUCAUCAGCUGAUAACACCAUGUCCUGGUGUGUCGUUCACGCCCUAUCAUGCAGGACAUGUGUUGGGGGCCUGCAUGUUCCUGAUCGACAUCGCGGGUCUCAAAAUUCUGUACACGGGCGACUACUCUAGGGAGGAAGACCGUCAUCUCGUGAAGGCAGAGCUGCCCCCCAUUCGUCCGGAUGUCUUGAUUGUCGAAAGCACUUAUGGUGUGCACAAUCUGGAGAGCCGUCCGGAUAAGGAGCUGAGGUUCACAAACCUGGUUCAUUCUAUCAUCUCACGGGGCGGCCAUGUACUCCUCCCUACAUUUGCGCUCGGUCGUGCCCAAGAGCUGCUGUUGAUUCUGGACGAGUACUGGAAGAAGCACCCGGAUCUGCACCGUGUACCGAUCUACUACGCCUCAGGUCUUGCCCGGAAGUCUAUGGCGGUAUAUCAAACUUACAUCCAUACCAUGAAUUCGAACAUCCGGUCCCGAUUUGCUAAACGAGACAAUCCUUUCGUGUUCAAGUACAUCUCAAACCUUCCCCAAGCCCGUGGAUGGGAGAAGAAGAUCGCGGAAGGACCCCCAUGCGUCGUCUUGGCCAGUCCUGGAUUCAUGCAAAGCGGACCAAGUCGAGAACUGUUCGAGCUGUGGGCACCAGACUCGCGGAACGGGCUGAUCAUCACGGGCUAUUCGAUUGAAGGAACCCUAGCUCACGAUAUCGUGAAUGAGCCAGAGGAAGUCGAAUCCGUCAAGGGUGGCAUGAUCCAGCGCAAGCUGUCCGUGGCCUACAUCUCGUUCAGUGCUCAUGUCGAUGGCGCUCAGAACGCAGAAUUUAUCGAGGCUGUUCGAGCACAGCAUGUGGUUUUGGUGCAUGGGAAGCAAGAUGCGAUGGCUCGGUUGAGAGCGAAACUGACGUCGCAGUACAAGGAGCGGGAGGAAGAUGUGAAAAUCCACACCCCGCGCAAUCUAGAAACGCUGGAGCUCUCGUUUCGCAGCGAUCGGGUGGCGAAGGCCAUUGGAACACUGGCUGAUCAGGUGCCGCGAGCUGGGGACGUGCUGUCGGGUCUGCUGGUGUCCAAGGACUUCUCGUACACGCUUUUAGAUCCUCGAGAUCUGAAAGACUUCGCGGGUUUGUCCACCUGUUCGGUGACUCAGCGGCAAAAAAUAACCCUCGGAGUACGGUGGGAGCUCGUCAGAUGGCACGUGGAAGGCAUGUUUGGGGGCCUCGAAGAUGGACUGGACGCAGACGGCAUCCCUACGCUCAGGAUUAUGGGCGCUCUCGAUGUCAAGUUGACCCAGGAGCAUGAAAUCACGUUAGAAUGGGAAUCGAGCGCCAGUAAUGACAUGCUCGCAGACUCGACGCUGGCCCUGAUAUCAGGCAUUGACCAUAGCCCUGCUUCAGUGAAACUCACGUCGCAUUCCCACGUUCACUCCCACGCAAAGCAUCCCCACGCUCAAACUGACGACCACAGCGUCCGGAUUCAGCGCAUCGCAUGGUUUUUGGAAGCCCAUUUCGGGGAUGUGGAAUUUCAUCGACCAGAAGAUGCUGAGGAGGAUCCAGAGCAAGGUGAAGACGAGAAACCGGCGGAACCGUCGAUGCUCGUUCACCUCGAUGAUACGGCCGCUCGAAUCAACCUCGUCUCUUUGAGUGUUACGAGCGAGAGUGAGCCAUUGAAAAAGAGGGUUGAGGCUGUAUUGGACAUGGCCGUGACCACUGUGUCCACGUUGGGAGAAGCUUUCGUUUCAAGACCAUCUGGCUUUGGAUCUGCAGAAGUUGUCAAAACGGUCCAGUCCAAGGGGGGCGACCGAGUCGUUGACGGCGAAGGAUCUGAAGGGGAUUCUAUGCAGCAGGUCCAUGAUUAGAUUAGAUAAUCUACAUAUGUAAUGUCGGCUCCGACACCCUGUCUUGCUUAGUGAGCGGCCUACUGCAUUGGCGCAUGUAUCGUAUAUGACUUGGUUCAAACCCAUCUUUCGACUCUCCAUCCAAAUGUGUGCUAUGCCUGCCCGACGCUCCUCCACGCGCAUAGCUUCGUCUGAAUCCUCUGCAUUGAAGCGUAAAGCAGAUCCACCGCCCAAGACCACCAAAAGAGCCAAACGUUUGCCGGACCCUGUUUCCGACCCCGCUGCCAUAGCCCCACAAGUUACUGAGGAAGUACACAUCUCCGAGAAUACUGUUGUCCCGGCAGAUGAACUUCUCACAUUCUCCUUCGAAGAGGCUCGGAAGCACUUGAUACGGGCGGACAGCCGCUUCGAAGACUUGUUCGAUCGGCUUCCUUGUAAACCAUUCCAGUUUCCUGAGCAACUGGAUCCUUUUAGGCAUGUUGAGUGACAUUCUUGUGGAUUUCUCUCUCAACCCCAGGCAAGGUCGUUGGCUACCUCCAUCCUAGGUCAACAGAUCUCCUGGCUUGCAGCCCGCUCAAUCACACACAAGUUCAUACGGCUUUACGAUCCCUCUAUUCCAGAGAAUCGUGCGGACUACCUCAGCGAAGCCUUCUUCCCCACACCCCAGCAAGUUGUAGGCACAGAAAUGGCACGCUUGAGAACUGCGGGACUGAGUGCUCGGAAAGCAGAGUACAUUCUUGACUUGUCGGCGAGAUUUUCAGAUGGACGUCUUUCGACCGAUAAACUGCUUAAGUGCACUGAUGAAGAAUUGGCUGAGAUGCUGCUGGAAGUUCGCGGUAUUGGCAAGUGGACCGUGGACAUGUUCGCCCUGUUCUCUCUUCGUCGGGCGGACAUAUUGCCGGUCGGUGAUUUGGGUGUUCAGCGCGGGCUUGUGCGCUGGGCGCUAGCGCAACACUCUCCGACUUAUUCAUACAUGAUAUCACCCGAGAAAUUGCCAGCGUCAGACAAGAAACCAGAGGUUUCGAAAGACGACGAUGUUCUUCCCAGUUUCACUGAAGAUGCGCGCGCUAUCCCUUCUCGUGUUCAAGAUGAAAGCGCGUCGAUUCCGAUUCCGCCGAUAUUUACACCCUCGAUUAACCGUACAUUGACUCGGCCCACUUCUACCUUGGUGCCUCUUCCCGAAGGACUCACCGCUGCAGAACUCAAAAGUAGAUUGAGCGGAAAGAAGAAAGUCAAAGGCGCCUUGUUGUCGCCGGCUCACAUGGAGGCUCUGACCGAGAACUGGCGACCGUACCGCAGCAUAGGUGUUUAUUACAUGUGGUGCCUGUCGGAUGCGGAAUGAUGGCGGAUUCAAUCAUUAAUGUUACCUAUAUACACGUGACCGUGACUCAACGCGCGCCACUUUUGUUCUCUGCAA